UUGGCUUAUGCACCGACCAUCGACUUUGGGCAACCGUUCCUCGUACGCUCAUGGCCUGAGUCAACAAGCGACUUCCGCUGCCACUGCCACUAAACUCAUAGAAAAGAAGAAGGAAUACGAUGGUGUAGCUGCACUCGAAAAAGCAAGCUCCUUGUUUCUCGAACGAAUGACUGGCAUGAUGGAGGACUGCGACGUUAUGGCGAACGCUGGCGAGGUGCACGGUGAGGUACUGGAACAGUGGCCCAAAAUGUUCCACAUAUUGAAUCUCUUCCUGACAUCUCGUUCAGGAGAAUCUGAAGAGCACGGGGCGAAUUUUGAAGCCGAUGGACAGAUGCUAGUCCGAGUUCCUAUCGAUGAAUUGCAGAACGCAACCCAACAAGCUGAUACGGCGUAG